UUCGCCGGAGUUGGCGGGUACGAGGGAGGCACUGGAUGGCUAUUGUCUGUAGCUUUACGCAAAAACGAGAAGUGUCCUUUUAAAAUAUAUUACAAGCUGAUCUUUACAUAAGAUAAGCACAACAUCUAUAUAUAUUUUUUAGACAAACCGUUGGUGUAAUACUGGUUUUCAUUUGAUAAAAAUAACUAAAUUUACGACAAUUCAUUCAUUAGAGUCAAAUCUCUGUAAAGCUCUGUUGACAAGGAACCCGCUGGUUCCACUGCCUUCUCCCAGCCUGAAAAUGAGUGAGCCUACUGCUACAGAACCCCCUAGCGAUGUGACCCCCAUUGUUACUACUGGUGUUACCACUGAAGGUGUAGAUCAACCUUCUACUAAUGCAAACGAGCCCCCGAAGGAAGAGGUCAAGUUGGCAGCAACAACAGGGAAGAAACAGACCAAGAAGAAGGUGGAGGAGGUGGUAGAGGAAGAGGAGGAGGAAUAUGUGGUGGAGAAGGUGCUGGACCGACGGGUGGUAAAGGGACGCGUGGAGUUUCUGCUCAAAUGGAAAGGCUUCUCCGAUGAGGACAAUACAUGGGAACCGCAGGACAACCUGGAUUGCCCUGACCUGAUUGCGGAGUACAUGCAGAAUCAUCAUAACAAAAAAGAAAGUUGCAAGAAAGAGUCUGGUGGCAAGAGGAAAGCUGGUGAGUCCGACACAGAGGCAGGGGGUGAAGAAGGCAGGCCCAAGAAGAGGAAAGAUGAGGUAGAGAAGCCCAGAGGCUUUGCUCGUGGUCUUGACCCCGAACGGAUCAUUGGAGCCACGGACUCCAGUGGAGAGCUGAUGUUCCUCAUGAAAUGGAAGAACAGUGAUGAGGCUGACCUGGUGCCGGCCAAGGAGGCCAACAUUAAAUGUCCACAGGUGGUCAUCUCCUUCUAUGAGGAGCGUCUGACAUGGCACUCCUACCCCACCGAGGAGGAAGAGAAGAAGGAUGAUAAGAACUAGCCACAGGUCCAGGAUGAACGGGAAGGGGGUACAGAGGGUGGGGUUUAGAGUGGAGGGUGUGGGAUAGAGAAGCUGAUUUAUUUCAAAACCUUUCUGCAAACCCGGACUGUUACAACUAAAACAGAGGUUGACAGAUGGGUAGGGAUGAUAAGACUUGGCAAGGAGGUGGGUUGGGGGGUGGCAUGGGUAAAUACAACCCCUAAGUCUCAAGAUCACUUUAUCAGGCCUCACUUUUGGUCUCAUCAGCUAGAAUCAUGGGAUAAGUAGUUUUCAGUCCUUGAGCACUGAAUUGCUUCAAAAUCACCAGCUCCUCAUACUGUAGUUUCACCUCUGAAAAGCUUUUGUCAAGAUACACUUUUGAGUUAGCGAGGUAUCACUACAGCAGCUGAGUUUACAAAAUGGAAUGGUCAGAUUCCAAAACACGACCCAGCUAAAGUUCUCAGCUAAUUCAAUUGAAAUAGCCAAUCUUAAUUUCCAGUUUUCUUGCGUGAAAUGUUGAAGUUGAUUUCUUGUCAGAACAUUACCUUGUACCUACACAUCCCUCAUUGAGCAACUCACAGUGCUUUUUGUUUGUCUUUCUACUUUUUAAGAAACCUGUUUUAAGUGUUGGCACCUGCCUUCCCUUGCCAUAUCAUUAUCAUAUAAUGUGUAAAUAGUCGUGGUUAUAUUUGGUUAGUUUUAAUUGGUUAUGAGAGCAAUCUAAGAAGGAUUUUAUUUGAGAUUUUUUGGGAUGUUCAGACUAGAGUUAACCUAGAUCCUGUUCUCUAAGUGUUACGCAUAGGGGGUGUAUAGAGUUGUGAACAAUGGUAUGGAGCAGGGUUUCCAUUAGAAAAACGUGGUGCUGAACAUUUGACUGGCAGCAUUUUAAUUUACCAGACAUUUGAGACAUUUUCCCGACCCAUAUGCAUUGUGUGCGUGACCUGAUUAGGGCGUACAGCCACGGCGCUCAGAAUGACAGCUCACAUUUUAGAUGAUGGUAAUUCGUUUUAAAAGAACGUGCAAAUCGAGGACGCAACAGUGUGCGUCCUUACCGAAUUCCGAUGCGCACUUUGAAGAGGUUAGAAUAACUGUCCACAUUUACUUUUCCUCAGCCAACAAGAUGAGUAACGAACAGCAAAAAUCCCUAGCCUAUGUCAAUAUACUAUUCCCCCAUAGUAGAACAUUUGACCUAUUUAUUGGUCAGCUUGUCGUUCUGUGCGAGAAAGAAAUGGCCUACUCCAGACAGACUCUGGGACAACAGAUCCCAAAUGCAUACAACCAGUAGGCUUAGGCUACAUAAUUUUUUUUAUAAGAAUAACCUUCAAGCAAUGAAGUUGAUGCAACCGAUCAGAACAUUUAGCUUAAAAUGUUGAUUAAACUAUUAUUUCUUCACAUACAGUGCCUUGCAAAAGUA